CAAGGAUCUCUUUUAUGAUCAUCUAUUUUGAUUUUUUCUUUCAAUAGUCAGCUAGGUAGGCCCCAAUACUUUGUGCGUGUAUAUAAAGCCGCACAUGAUUGUUGGGUUUAUUAAUUGAAGAAGAGUGAUCGAAGAAAGCAGGUUGCCGCAGGUGAGGUUGUAGUGGUAGAUUAUUGUGACUGUGUGUAUGUGUGUAUGGCUGCAGGGAAGACGAGCACGAUAAUGCCCAUAAUAAGCAAACUGUACUGUUCGUCUUCUCAGAAGGUGUUUGUGGUAAGAAGGAGGCCACAUGUGGUGAAUGGAGGAGGUUUUGUGGUCACAGAUUGCACCUCCCAGAAUGUUGUGUUCAGGGUUGAUGGCUGUGGAAUCCUCGGCGCUAAGGGUGAGUUAAUUCUCAGAGAUGGAGAUGGUGAUGCUUUGCUUCUUAUGCGUCGAAAGGGAGGGAUGGUGGAAGCUCUGAGCAUCUAUAGAAAGUGGAAAGGCUACACUUUAGACUACGAUGGAUCGCAGAACCUGGUUUUCAGCUUAAAAGAACCCAAUUCCUGUUUGGUGAAGAAUAAUCUGAUUCGAAUCUCCACCGAGCCAAGCAAGACCAGAAACAAAGCCUGGGACUUUGAGAUCAGAGGCUAUUUCCCCGACAAGAUUUGCAGCAUUGUUGAUUCCAAGGGCAACGUAAUUGCCCAGGUAGGAGUGAGGAAGGAAGUGGAGGAGUUGGUUGGAAGCAAGGAUCUUUACAACGUGAUAGUGAGACCUGGGAUUGAUCAAGCUUUUGUUUUUGGAGUGAUCGGAGUGUUGGAUUACAUUUAUGGUGAAUCCACCUUCUGCUGAAUCAUCGUGUAUUAAAAAAGGAUGGGCUUGGAAGUAUUCCAGAAAGUGGUUAAGUGUGUUUUCUCCCGAGAGGAAGAGGAUUUAACUUAGUUUGACAAGCUUUUGCUAAAUAAGGGCAAGAGUUUUGGAGGAAGACAAUCGACAAUGCAAAUACUAGUCUAGGAAACUGCCUUGUACCUAACGACAACUAAUUAAUUAUGUGGCUUCAAAUUAUCAUUUAAUUACCAUAUGCUUAUCCUGAUUAAUCUA